AUGUUACAGAAUGAAACUCCCCAACAUCUGACUUCAAUUGAUAAUUUCGGAACAACAAACGUUGUGAGAAACAGACAAAGCGAAACUGGAAGUAGCUCGAUAACCCGGGAACAUCAAAAUGAAGCGGCUGACAUGGACAUCAAUUUGUCCUCUUCAGUUGAUGACGUCGACGUCAGACUACCAGUCAUCAGAAGUCUGGACAUAAUCACGAAGCCGAAAAAACGACCCUCACCAGAACCGAGAUUGCUUGAAACCGACGACGACUCGAUACUUUCGGUUGAUGAACACUACAAGAACUAUUGUAGUUAUUCAAUGGUUGGAAUCCAUGAUGUUUUGGCUGGAUAUUGA